AUGGAUGAUACAUAUGGUGGUAUGUCACUUUUAGGAGAUGAUGAUGAGACUGAUGAUAGCUAUGUUGGUCUUUCUGAUGAAGAUGAUGAUGAAACUGAUGAUAGCUAUGUUGGUCUUUCUGAUGGGACCGAGGAAGAUGACACUGAGCAAGAUGGAACUGAUCAGGAUCAUGAGAUGGAUGGUGUGGUCGCGCUUUACACACCCGAACAACAUGAAGACAUUGAGAUGCAUGAGAAUUUAGAGCAUGGGUAUGAAGGAGCAGAAGUAAGAGUGGAAGAAGAAGCUGGAGGAGCGGAAGUUGAAGCUGCAAGAGGAGGAGUUGAAGCCACGGCUGCAGUAGAAGAAGAAUGGGAUGAUGGUCUCGAUUUGGUUAAGGGUCAAGAAUUCAGAACUAAGGUAGCCAUGCAAGUUCUAGUUCAGAGGGGUGCACAUAAGAAUGGUUUUGAGUAUGAAACAUUGAAGUCCGAUACUGUGAGAUUUGUGGCAAAAUGUCGAGGAGCCAAAGAAGGUUGCAAGUGGUAUUUGCGUGUAGUAAAGCUUAAGAAUUCAGAUCUUUGGACGGUUAGAACUUACAACAAGUCUCAUACAUGCUCAGUAGUAACUACAAGCACCCUUAGAAACAGAAGGAGAUACACACCACAUGUUGUCGCAUCUGUUUUGAGUGAAGAAUAUCCCGGUAGAUAUGACACACCAACACCAGCUGAUCUGAUCAGUAUGGUUACCCACAAGGUUGGUGUUGAUGUGUCGUAUGCCACAACAUGGAGAGGAAAAAGGAUGGCUGCUAAUGAAGUCCGAGGUACUCCGGAAGAGAGUUUUUCUAUGAUACACUCCUACAUGUACAUGCUUAAGUUGAAGAAUCCUGACUUAGUAAGUUAUGUUGAAGUGGAUGCGGCAAAAAGAUUUAAGUAUCUAUUUUUCGCAUUUGGAGCUUCCAUAGAAGGAUUCACAGCGAUGAGGAAAGUUAUCAUUGUGGAUGGAACACAUCUUAAGCAUGUUUAUGGUGGAGUUCUGCUUGUUGCGACGGCUCAAGAUCCGGAUCGUCACCACUACCCUAUCGCAUUUGGUGUAGUUGAUGGUGAGAAAGACGAAAGCUGGAUGUGGUUUAUGAAUAAGUUGAGGUCAGUGAUAGCAGAUGAAGGCGAAUUGGUGUUUCUUUCGGAUAGAAAUGCGAGCUUGAUCAAGUCAAUACGUGAGGUGUUCCCAAUGGCUGCACAUGGGUAUUGUAUCUGGCAUUUGUCUCAAAAUGUCAAAGGACAUGUUUUCAACAAUAGAGACGCUUGCGCAAGCAAGUUUACAGAGUGUGCACAUGCUUAUACAGUGGCUGAGUUCGAUGAUCUCUACGAUGCCUUUUCCAGAAGGUAUCCUUCUGCUGCGGCGUAUCUGGAGAAAAGUGUUGAAGUGAGAAAAUGGGCAAGAUGUUACUUUGAAAGAGACAGAUACAAUGUUAACACAACUAAUGCAGCAGAAUCCAUUAAUGGUGUUCUUCGGGAAGCGAGGAAAUUCUUCAUGCUACCGAUGAUUGAUGUUAUCAUCAAGAAAAUGACUGAAUGGUUUAACAAACAUAGGAAGAAGGCAGCUGAAAUACCAGUCACAAAGAAGCUUGUGCCAACAGUGGAAAAGGAGUUGUCAAAAAGAUGUUUGGAAGCGAGGUGUUUAGAUGUUGUUGAGAUAAACAGCUUCCACCUUGAGUACAAUGUCAAUGGUAGUGACGGAAAGAUUUAUGUUGAUUUGGCAAGAAAAAUGUGCACCUGCAGGUGUUUUGAUCUAGACAAAAUCCCAUGUGUUCAUGCUGCUGCUGCUGCCAAGUUCUUGAGCGUAGGAAGAGAUCUUCAUCUACAAGAGUUUUGUUCAAAAUACUAUUUGGUGGAGUUGUGGGCAUUGGCAUACUGUAGGACGAUUUAUCCAGUUCCUCAUAUGUCUGAAUGGGUCAUACCUGAUGAGAUUCGAGCACUUAAAGCUCUUCCCCCGGUAUACGAAAAAAAGAAAGGACCCACUCAAAAGCAAAGGUUUCCAUCAGCCGGAGAAUCUCGUGGACGGAGAAGAGGACGCGGAAGGGGAAGAGGCAUGGGCAGGGGAAGGAGAGGCGGACGUUUGCAUGAGUAUUUUGAAUGUGGAAGUACUUUUUCCCCCACUGAGUAA